CUGUGUGUCCGUGCACAUGUGGUAAACAAGCAUAUGGAGCGGUGACAGUGAGAGCAUGGACUUCUCAACAAAGUGGCGAAACUUACCCCAAGGUCCGAGUCUGAAGAAUCUGACUGAGGGCGGCUUUGGUGUCCUGAAAGAGGCUCAACAUGCUGCUGUGCAGGAUCUGACCAAAGCUCACAUCGAGUCAUUUGACCAGGCUGUCACCGACGGACUCAGCCGCGUUGUUCAGGCCAUCCCACCUUUGGAGUUCACUGUAAGAAAUGACAAAGUCAGCCUUUCCUUUGUGGAAGUCGCGAUCCACAACCCAGUUGUCUCCAAAGGGAACAUCUGCAAGGAAAUGAGGGUGUUUCCUGCAGAGUGCAGAGGAAGAAGAUGCUCAUACAAAGGAAAGAUUGUGGCUGACGUUAGCUGGUCGAUUAAUGGAGUUCCCAAAGGCAUCAUCAAGCAGUUUUUGGGUCAGGUGCCAAUCAUGAUAAAGUCCAAGCUUUGCAACCUCCAUGAUAUGUCCCCUAAGGAGCUUGUUGAACACCAUGAAGAAGCAGAGGAAAUGGGAGGUUAUUUCAUUGUGAAUGGAAUCGAGAAGGUUAUCCGAAUGCUGAUCAUGCCGAGGAGGAACUAUCCCAUUGCUAUGUCAAGACCUAAAUGGAAGAGCAGGGGCCAAGGAUACACUCAGUAUGGUAUUUCUAUCCACUGUGUGAAGGAAGAGCACACAGCCAUCAACAUGAACCUACAUUAUUUAGAAAAUGGGACUGUGAUGCUGAACUUUAUCUAUCAGAAAGAGCUUUUCUUCCUCCCACUAGGCUUUGCACUCAAGGCUUUAGUGGACUUCACAGACUUCCAGAUCUACCAGGAACUCAUCAAAGGCCGUGAGGAUAAUUCCUUCUAUAAGAGCUGUGUAUCAGAGAUGCUUCGCAUUGUCAUGGAGGAGGGUUGCCCCAGCCGUAGCAAGGUGCUCAAUUACCUAGGAGAGCGCUUCAGGGUUAAAAUGAACCUCCCUGAUUGGUACACAGAUGAGCAGUGUGCCCAUUUCCUGCUAGAUCAGUGCGUCUGUAUCCACCUGAAGUCUGACAAAGAGAAGUUCUACCUGCUCUGUCUGAUGACAAGGAAGCUUUUCACAUUUGCCAAGCAGGAGUGCAUGGAGGAGAACCCCGACAGCAUCAUGUGUCAGGAAGUCAUGACUCCUGGUCAGCUGUACCUCAUGUUUCUGAAGGAAAGACUGUCUGCCUGGUUAGUGUCUGUGAAACUGUCCUUUGACAAGAGAUCUGUGAAAAUGAAGGAACCAUGUACUUCUGAAAAUAUUAUGAAGAUAUUCAACAUGGGCACAGAUUUGACCAAACCUUUUGAAUAUCUUCUGGCUACUGGAAACCUCUCCUCCAAGACAGGUCUUGGCAUGCUGCAGAACACCGGCCUGUGUGUCGUCGCUGACAAGCUCAACUUUAUCCGUUACUUGUCCCAUUUCCGCUGUGUGCACAGAGGAGCAGCGUUUGCCAAAAUGAGAACCACCUCUGUCCGUAAGCUGCUGCCUGAAUCCUGGGGCUUCCUGUGUCCCGUCCACACCCCGGAUGGAGAGCCUUGUGGGCUCAUGAACCACAUGACAGCCAGCUGUGAGAUUGUGGCAGAGACAUGGCUCACCACAUCCAUCUCUGCUCUUCUCUGUUCCCUUGGUGUUACUCCAGUGGAUGGAUCUCCUGGUCAAGCCUUUGCAGACUGUUACCCUGUGGUCCUUGACGGGGCUGUUGUUGGUUGGUUGGAGACCGAAUUGGCCCCAGCUGUUGUCGACUCGCUGCGCAGGUUCAAGGUGCUGAAAGAGAAGAACAUUCCACCCUGGACCGAGAUUGUCCUGGUUCCCAAAACAGGCAAAGCAAGUUUGUACCCAGGCCUGUUCCUCUUCACAACACCCUGUCGAAUGGUGCGGCCCGUGCGCAAUUUGGCUUUUGGGGAGGAGGAGUUACUUGGUACCUUUGAACAACUUUAUAUCAAUGUGGGCAUCUUGGAGGACGAAAUUAAGCCAGGAGUGACCACACACCAGGAACUGUUUCCUCACAGCAUGCUGAGUGUCGUAGCUAACUUCAUCCCUUACUCGGACCACAACCAGAGUCCCAGGAACAUGUACCAGUGUCAGAUGGGUAAGCAGACCAUGGGUUUCCCCCUGCACUCGUUCAUGGACCGCUCUGAUAACAAGCUGUACCGGCUCCAGACCCCUCAGAGUCCACUGGUCAGGCCUUACAUGUACGACCACUACAAUCUGGACAACUACCCGAGCGGCACAAAUGCCAUCGUGGCCGUUAUAUCCUACACAGGCUAUGACAUGGAAGAUGCAAUGAUUGUGAACAAGUCAUCAUGGGAGAGAGGCUUUGCCCAUGGAAGCAUCUACAAGACUGAGCUGGUUGAUCUGGCAGAAAGGGUGAGGGGAGAAGAAAGUGUGGUGUUUGGGACCAAGCCAGAUGAUCCUAAGGUCAAUAACAGACUGGACGCGGAUGGACUACCAUACAUUGGUUCAACACUGACGUAUGGAGACCCUUUCUAUAGCUACAUCAACCUCAACACUGGGCAGACCCACAUCACCUACUAUAAGAGUCAAGAGACCUGUGUAGUCGACAAUGUAAAGGUCUGCAGCAACGACAGUGGCUCAGGCCCUUUUAAACGUGUUUGCAUUACCACACGAGUACCGCGAAACCCCACUAUCGGUGACAAGUUUGCCAGUCGCCAUGGUCAGAAAGGCAUCCUGAGCCGCCUGUGGCCGGCCGAGGACAUGCCCUUUACAGAGAGCGGCAUGAGUCCCGACAUCCUCUUCAACCCCCACGGCUUCCCCUCUCGUAUGACCAUUGGGAUGCUCAUUGAGAGCAUGGCAGGCAAGUCUGGUGCCCUGCACGGCCUGAGCCAUGAUGCCACGCCCUUCACCUUCUCUGAGCAGAACUCUGCACUGGAAUACUUUGGAGAGUUGCUCCGGGCUGGUGGCUACAACUAUUAUGGCACGGAGCGGCUCUACAGUGGCUUGAGUGGUCAGGAGCUCGAGGCUGACAUCUUUAUCGGGGUCGUCUACUACCAGCGGCUACGUCACAUGGUCUCUGACAAAUUUCAGGUGAGGACCACAGGUGCUCGAGACAAGGUGACUAACCAGCCAGUGGGAGGAAGGAACAUCCAGGGAGGCAUCCGUUUUGGUGAGAUGGAGCGAGACGCCCUGCUGGCACAUGGCUCGUCCUUCCUUCUUCAUGAUCGCCUCUUUAACUGCUCAGACCGAUCGGUAGCUCAGGUAUGUAUUGACUGCGGCAGCCUCCUCUCUCCUCUGUUAGAGAAACCACCGCCCUACUGGUCAUCAAUGCGCCACCGUAAAACUGUGUGCACCCUGUGUGGAAAAAGUGACUCGAUUGACUCUGUGUCUGUUCCUUAUGUCUUCCGCUACUUUGUAGCAGAGCUCGCUGCGAUGAACAUCAAAGUCAAACUGGAUGUGAAGUGAAAUUUGUAAAGGAAUGAGUAGAUACUUGCUCUAAAUAUGAUGAGACAGAAAGUGUCGAACAAAAAUGCUAUAUUUUUAAUGGUUUUGAGUAAAACUGUUGAACCUUGCUACAGAUAACAGAUACUGUAUAGCCAUGAUGUGUGUAUGAAUAUUAAAAUGCCAAAGACUUUGGCCCCAUUAA